AAGGCGGGGGCCACCAAUCCCAAUCGAGCAAAAUGGCGCGGGAGAACGAGAUGCGGGAGUUUACCCGUAGCUUCUUCCGGGGCCGUCCGGACCUCAGCACGCUCACCCACUCCAUCGUGCGGCGAAGGUUCUUGGCUCACACCGGCAGCGACCACCUGGAUCCCAAGGAGAAGCAGGCACUGAAGCGGCUCGUGGAGGAGGAACUACUGAAGAUGCAGGUGGAUGAAGCGGGUGCCAGAGGACUAGACCUUGCCAAGAAGGCAAAGAGGCCCCCUACCUCCUGCAGUGACCCAGAGAGAAAAAGGUUCCGUUUGAAUUCGGAUUCAGAGCCCAGUGCUGCAGCCUCCAGUCCAGACUGCUUCAGCCACCCAGCAAAGAAUGGGAUGGGGGCAGUAGUCAGUCCCACAGAGGAGAGUCCAAAGCGGGCCUCAAAAAGAGCAAUUGAGAGCAGCGAUGAGGAAGAACAGCAGAGGGACCUUGCUGCAUACAAGACUGGAUUAGAGAAGGAGGCCGUGAAGGAGAGCUGGGAGGAGGAGGAGAGCUCUGCUAGAACAAGUAAGGUCUGGAAAGAAGAGAGCAGUGAGGAAGGGAAUAAGGAGAAGGAGUCCAAAGGCAGGCCUAGGAAGAAACGUGUGACAAAAGACAGGACCCAGUGGGAUGGUGGCAAAAGGCAGAGUGGCAGCAGCGAGGAGGAUGGGGAAGACAGCUGGAGGAAGUUGAAACCAGCUACUAAAGGCAUGGGAAAGUCAGCCGAAGUAGAAAGUAGAAAGACAACCAACGGUGAGGCAAGUGACUCAGAGAGGGAGGUGAGUGACAGUGAGGCAGGGGGGACCCUCAAGGGGGAGAGGAAGAACCGCUCGUACAGGAAGAGCUCCCAGAAAAGCAGGCCACGAAGCUCUUCCUCCUCUUCUGCAAAUGGCAGCCCGGAACCCAAAGGCAGGAAGGUGAGGGUGAAGAUGGGGUGGGAGGCCACAAUUAAGAACAGGCAGGUACCAGGCAAGAUUUUAGCCAGUAGGAAGCAGGCCAUGGAGGAGAGUGAGGACAGUGAGGAAGAACUUGCCCACAGGAUGGAAAACAAAAGAGCUAAAAGACACCAGGAAAGUGAAACAGAGAGCGAGGGGGAGGAGACCCUAGACAAGAAAGAGAGCAGAGAGGAGGAUUGGAAACCCAGAGCUCCAAACAGUGGAGGGAAAAAGUCAGCUUGGGAGGACAGGAGCAGUAAGCAGAAAAACCUGGCAGCAAAAGUGCUGGGAGACGGGGGGGCCAGAGAGGAGGAGAAGGAAAGGGCAGUAGCAGGCAGUGGAGAGAACAGUGGGGAAGAUGAAGAGCCCCUAGUGCAGAGGAAGGGCAAGGACAGGACCCAGUGGGAUGGUGGCCAAAGGCAGAGUGGCAGCAGCGAGGAGGAUGGGGAAGACAGCUGGAGGAAGUCGAAACCAGCUACUAAAGGCAUGGGAAAGUCAGCCGAAGUAGAAAGUAGAAAGACAACCAACGGUGAGGCAAGUGACUCAGAGAGGGAGGUGAGUGACAGUGAGGCAGGGGGGACCCUCAAGGGGGAGAGGAAGAACCGCUCGUACAGGAAGAGCUCCCAGAAAAGCAGGCCACGAAGCUCUUCCUCCUCUUCUGCAAAUGGCAGCCCGGAACCCAAAGGCAGGAAGGCUGGUCAUCGUGAUGAGGACCACCCUGCAGUGAUGAGACUAAAGCGCUACAUCCGGGCCUGUGGUGCCCAUCGCAACUACAAGAAGCUGCUGGGCUCCUGCCGCUCGCGCAAGGAGCGCCUGUGUGUCCUCCGGGCAGAGCUGGAAGCUCUGGGCAUGAAGGGUAACCCUUCUUUAGAGAAGUGUCGGGCUCUGAAGGAGCAGCGUGAGGAGGCAGCCGAGGUGGCAUCCUUGGACGUUACUAACAUCAUCAGCUGUUCAGGUCGGCCACGGAGACGCACGGCCUGGAACCCUUCAGAGUCAGCCGCCCCCGGGGAGCUAUACCGCCGGACCCUGGACUCGGAGGAAGAGCGCCACUGUCCCCCACGCCCAGACUGGUCUCAUAUGCGUGGCAUCAUCAGCAGCGACGGCGAGAGUAACUAGGCUCCCCCAUCUACCAGGAGGAACUUUAUACACUUGUAGAAAGCACACGUAUAUAGCACCCCCGGCCAACCCAAACUCUGUGCCCAAAGAGAAGCACCUUUCUUCAGACUUGAAACCCCCAGGUACAAUUGCUGGGAUCCUAUUUCUGGUUCAUGUUCUCAGUUUAAAGUGCUUACAGUUUAUUUUUUAAGACUCAAUAAAGGAGUGUUUGAAUCACCUCAUCAAAACUAGUCCCCCACACUCAGCCCCCCUCUACUUUGGGCCAGGAGGUUGAGAAGUGGCCACUGUCCUCCCACCCACCCCGUCUAGUUCCCUUUAAUUUCCCUCAGGUUCUCCAAAGAAGUCCCAGCUUUUAGACCCUGCCAUCCAGUCUGCCACCAGGCUCUAUUAGCAGAGUGUGGCUCCUAAUCUCCUUCCUCCAGUCUGACUAGUGUGCCUCUGAUCCUCGGGUCUUGGUGGAAGGACUCUGAAAAACUGGCUUUAAGAGUGUGAAGCACAAAAUGAAAUAACUUGGAGACAGCUGGUGUUUAUG